UCACGAAAUCAACGGAUAGCGACAUCAGCAUAGAGAGAGAGAGUUACAAAAAGCGUGCUCUCUUCCCGGAUCAAUCCACUCUCUCUCUCUCUCUUAUUCAGAUUCCGAAUCGGAUCAUGGAUUCUUCCUCCGCCGCGCGCCGCCGCAUAAACUCCAUCCACUCCCAUCUCGUCACGUCCUCUCGCUCCUCCCCUCUCCUCCGCUCCAAUCCCACGGCCGGCGAGUUCUGUCUCGAUAAUGGAUACAGCGUUGCGCUUCCCGAGAAACUGAGCACUGGCGAUUGGAACGUCUACAGAUCUGCUCGAUCUCCGUUUAAGCUCGUUAGCAGAUUCCCUGAUCAUCCUGAUAUCGCCACUCUCCAUGACAACUUUGAGCAUGCUGUUCAUGAUUUUCGGGAUUACAAGUACUUAGGAACUCGCGUUCGCGUCGACGGAACAGUUGGAGACUACAAAUGGAUGACGUAUGGUGAAGUUGGUACGGCGAGAACUGCUAUAGGUUCUGGUUUGGUUCACCACGGAAUCACCAUGGGAUCUACUGUUGGAAUUUACUUUAUCAACCGCCCAGAGUGGCUCAUUGUUGAUCAUGCUUGUUCUGCUUAUUCUUAUGUGUCGGUUCCUUUGUAUGAUACUCUUGGUCCUGAUGCUGUACAAUUUAUUGUCAAUCAUGCAAAUGUGCAAGCCAUUUUUUGUGUGGCGGAGACGUUAAACUCCUUAAUUAGCGGCUUGUCUGAGAUGCCAAGUGUACGCCUCGUGGUGGUUGUUGGAGGGUUGAAUGAAUCUUUGCCUUCCCUUCCCGCAUCAGCAGGAGUGAAAGUCGUCUCAUAUUCAGUGUUACUGAAUCAGGGACGCAGUAAACCUCAGCCGUUCGUACCACCAAAACCAGAUGAUGUUGCAACCAUAUGCUAUACAAGCGGAACAACUGGGACCCCCAAGGGAGUCGUAUUGACUCAUGCAAACUUGAUUUCAAAUGUUGCUGGAUCCAGUUUUAGUGUGAAGUUUUUCUCUUCAGAUAUUUACAUUUCAUAUCUCCCGCUGGCACACAUUUACGAACGAUCAAAUCAAAUCCUAACCGUGUACUUUGGAGUUGCUGUUGGUUUCUACCAAGGGGACAAUAUGAAACUACUGGAUGAUUUGGCGGCUCUGAGACCUACUGUAUUCAGCAGUGUUCCUCGAUUAUACAAUAGAAUAUAUGAUGGUAUCAAUAAUGCUGUAAAAUCCUCUGGCGGGCUGAAAGAGAGGCUCUUCAAUGCUGCCUAUAAUGCAAAGAAGCAGGCUCUCCUAAAUGGAAAGAAUGCUUCUGGAAUAUGGGACAGGCUGGUCUUUAAUAAAAUAAAGGACAAACUUGGAGGCCGGGUUCGUUUUAUGACGUCUGGGGCUUCACCUCUGUCUCCUGAAGUCAUGGAAUUUAUGAAAAUAUGCUUUGGAGCAAGGGUUUUAGAGGGAUAUGGGAUGACUGAAACAGCUUGUGUUAUAAGUGGGAUGGACGAGGGUGAUAACCUCAUUGGACAUGUUGGCUCUCCUAAUCCAGCUUGUGAAAUAAAGCUUGUGGAUGUCCCGGAAAUGAACUAUACAUCGGCAGAUCAGCCCAAUCCCCGCGGCGAAAUUUGUGUGAGGGGUCCUAUUGUUUUUAGAGGCUAUUACAAAGAUGAAGUUCAAACGAAGGAAGUGGUUGAUGAAGAUGGAUGGCUUCACACUGGAGAUAUAGGCCUGUGGCUUCCGGGAGGACGUCUACAAAUUAUUGACAGGAAGAAGAACAUCUUCAAGUUGGCGCAAGGGGAGUACAUAGCUCCAGAGAAGAUUGAAAACGUGUAUGCCAAAUGCAAAUUUGUGGGACAAUGCUUCAUAUAUGGUGAUAGCUUUAAUUCAUCAUUGGUCGCUGUUGUAUCGGUUGAUCCAGAUGUGCUUAAAAGCUGGGCCGCUUCGCAAGGCAUUAAGCAUGGAGAUCCGAGGGAAUUGUGCAAUAACCCGAGAGUGAAAGCAGCAGUAGUAUCUGACAUGGACGCUGUUGGAAGAGAAGCUCAGUUGAGAGGCUUUGAGUUUGCAAAAGCUGUGACGUUGGUGCUGGAGCCAUUCACGCUAGAAAAUGGCUUGUUGACACCGACGUUAAAGAUUAAGAGACCACAAGCAAAGGAAUAUUUCGCAGAAGCAAUAACAAACAUGUACAAGGAGCUUGCUGCUUCUGAUCCCACCCACCGCUAAUAAAGCUUUGUGAUUCCAGAGUGAUUAAUAACAACAAGUCCACCCAAACUGUAUUCUUUUUCAUUUUUAUUCUUGCUACAUAUUUAUUGAAUGCUCGUCAACGUAAUAAAGGUGCUACAUUAUAUACAUACUAAUAAGUUUUUCUGUGUAAUAAAGAAAGGCAAAACAUUCUGAAUU